CUACUUGGUUUUGAUUGUGUCUUUCUUAUCAGGCAUUGAUACCCUUAGUUCUUCAAAUAACCACGAGAAAAUAUCCUCCUGUAAAGCUGGUAGAGUAACACGGACUUCUAACAGAAGAAAGCAAUCGGUUGGUUUUACAGAAGAGAAUGUUUGCAACUUACAUAAUACGGAAAGUAAACCUUGUAAAGAAAAGAAAAUUAAUAAGAGAAAGUCUCAAGAAACCAAGUGUACCAACAGAGCACUUCCUAAAAAGAAUCAGGUUUUAAAAACUUCCAGGAAGAAAGGAAAUGGGAAGAAAAGAGUCCAGAAGCCUUUAUAUGGGGAAAGAGAAAUUGCUUCCAAGAAGCCCCUGCUGAGCCCUAUUCCUGAGCUGCCUGAGGUCUACGAAAUGAUACCUUCAGGUCCAAGCAUCGGAAGGACAUGUUCAGACAAUUUCAACUCAAAUGAUAAACUGGAAGAAGUAAAGCCUCCAAAAGCUCCAGUUAAAAGACAGAUCCUUUGGCCUCAGCACCCAGAUUCAUUUGUGCACCCCGGACUUGAUAAGGCUGACAUGUCUGUGUUCUGCUCUCACACAGACAGCUCCGCACUGGCUGGCAGUGCUACUUGUGGAGAAGAGCCAAGUACAAAUGCCAAGGACACUGAAGACAGGAAAAAUAUUCCAGAAACCGAAAAUAAGUUGGAAAGUGAAAAGGAACCAAAAACCAAGACUGACAAUAGUCAGAUUCCUUGUGCAUCUGGGACCAAAGAACACAUUAUGUCACACAAUCCAAAACCUGAUUUUAUCCCACAGUGUCAGGAGUUUUCUCUUGCUGAUCAAAAUGUGGAAAAAGAUAUAAACAUCAAGUGUGAGAGAAAGGACAAAGUCUUAGCUACAGAGGAGAAACUGCCUGACUCACAGGAAGAGUUUAACCAUUUAGAAGAUGUCCUAAGUGGAAAUAUAAAAGAAUUUGUAGACCACAGUGAGGCUUUGCUAAGAAAAUCUGCAGAAAGUAGCAGCGUUAGGGGUUGUAGGGAAAGGAAACAUCGAAGACGCUCUGUGUAUUAUUCUGAUGAUCAGAAUUUAAAUUUGGAACAAAACAAGGAUGACAAACCUUCCUGCAGUUUGGGAAGUGCUGUAGAAAUUAGUUUAGAAGCUUCGGAACUGUGUAAAGAUUUAUCUGAUGUCAUAGAGCAAACCUUUCAGAGAUCAGACAGUGAAACCAAAGUGCGACGGAGCACCAGGCUCCAAAGAGAUUCGGAAAGUAAAGGGCUCAUGUGGGUAUCGCUUCCAUUUCCCUCCACUGCCCCAAAAGCCAAAAGGAGAACCAUAAGUACAUCUGACAGCAGAGGAUUUGGACAUCUGACCUCCAGGCAAGACUCAGGAGCAUUGCCCUCCAUCUCGGGUGAAGAGAGCCUGGCUGCUGACCCUUGUCCACCAGGGAGAAGAAGGAAAAGCUUUUGUGGGUCUACACUGGCAAGUACUCACAGUACCACUCAGCCAACAGGCUAUAGGAGAAGAGCAUUUCUCCAGGAGAAAGGAGAGAACACCUUGACAUUCCUUUCACGUGUGGAUCUCAGUUGGGAUGAUUUUGCAUGGAAACUGGAAAACUGA